CCUUCAACAAACUUCCCCCUUCCCCCCCCCCGCCCGCUUCCCCCCUGUGUUUCAAAAAGGCAAAUCAAUAAAAGAGAUGGAAGAGGACGAAUUCAAUGUUGCAGCGCUGCUUGCGCCUUCGCCCGCGGUGGUCGCAGCGCAGUUGGCUGCUCAGCAAGCCGCGGCCGACGCCGAAGCCGAUCGCAAGCGCAAGGCCCGUCCCGCUGCGCUGCUCGACGCGCUCCUCGACGCCCCGACGGUGGUUCAGGAUCCAGCUGCUGCAUCCGCCUCGGGCGAUGUGUUUAGCUCAAUCCCCCUCGACCAGCAGCAGCAGCAGCAGCAAUCUGGGGGAUUGGUCGAACCCCCUGCGACCAAAGCGCUCCCUGUGCACGAUCCGCUGUCGACGCCCGACGGCAUUUUCGACGAGGCCGAGGUGUCUGGCUCGGGCGAGCGCUACGAGGCUGUCGAGGAGGACCACACUGCGCUGAUUGACGACGCGGCCGCCUUCGGCAAGAAGAAGAAGCCCAAGUCAAAGCCAAAGCCAAAGCCGACCAAGUCAAAGCAGGCUGUCAAGAAGCCCAAGCAGCUGUUUGACGAUGACGACGACGACGACGAGAACGACGCGUCAACACUGCAGCAGCAGAAGCAGAAUCAAACGGAAGGUGGAGAGCGAGACCAAGGCGAGGACGACGAUGAGGUCGGCAACGACGAGGAUGAAGACGACGACGAGGAGGAUGACCAGUCAGGCGGUCGGGCCAGAAUGUCACUGCAAGCCGAAUGGGACGAAACCUUCACCGGAAACGAGUUUAUGCUGUCGCUCAAGGCGCGGGGUCUGACUGGCACACUGCGCGCCUCGCGCUUCCGCAGCGUCGGUUGGAAGCUGUUUUUGGGAGCUCUGCCGCAUGACCGCUCGCAGUGGCUUGCCUCCACCCUCAAAGAUCGCGAAGAGUACGCUCAGCUGCGCAAGUCGACCGAGUUGGAUCCUCACGAGGUUCCCAGUGACGAUCUGAUGACCAACAACCCGCUGUCCGCUGCCGAGAAUAACCCCUGGCAACAGUACUUUAAGGACCGAGAGUUGCGUCAAGUGAUCAAGCAGGAUGUCACCCGCACAUUCCCAGAGAGCGAGUUCUUCCAGUCUUCUCCCCUUCAAGAAAUGAUGCUCAACAUUCUCUUCUGCUACACCCGCACACACUCGGACCUGUCGUACCGUCAAGGCAUGCACGAGCUUCUCGCGCCCAUUCUCUUCUUGAUGCACAAGGAGUGCAAGCAGUAUGACCGCGCUUCGAGCGAAAUUUCGGAUGAAAUCCGCACAAUGCUCGAUGCAAGCUUCAUUGAGCACGACGCGUACGUGCUCUUCUCCAAGGUCAUGAGCGCGACUGCCGAUUGGUAUGCACAAGGCGAUGCCCCGAAACGAGUGCCCAAGCCGGCUCCGACGUUCAUCACGGCGCCUUUCGCUGACGCCAAAGAGGAAGAACAAGAGAAGACUUCGGACAUUGUCAAAAAGCUGAAGCACAUUCAGCACAAGCUCUUGCAAGACGCAGACCCUACCCUCUACGCCCAUCUGCAAAACCUGCAAAUCGAGCCACAACUCUACGGACUCCGGUGGGUCCGCUUGCUUGUCGGCCGAGAGUUCCACAUGGACGAUGUGAUUACCAUCUGGGACGCCAUCUUUGCGGACAGCCCAUUCUUGUCGCUUAUUGACUACUUUUGCGUGGCCAUGCUGCUCUACAUCCGAGAACCUCUUUUGAUUAGCGACUACAUGGGCUGCCUCAAGCGCCUGAUGCGCUUCCCACCAGUCGAGGACGUGGUUGCGCUGGUCGAGCGCGCUCUCGAGCUGCGCGAACCGCGCACUGGUCGCACAGACCGACGCCCUCAACAAGCGAGCUCGGCCGUUCCGCCUGCCGUCAUCAAUUUCGCGGCAACGUCGGCUCCCAGCGUCUCGGUGGCCAGCUCCUCGACCAGCCAAUACGUGCCGCCAUCCAGUCGUGGGCAGUUUUUGUCCGCUGGAGCGGCAACCAAGCACCACCCUGCUCCCAAAAAGGACAAGGCGUCAACUCUGUUCAACAUCAUUGGCUCGACGACGUCCAGCAUCAAGGCCGCCGUGACCAAGGCCGCAACCAACUCGUCGUCGUCGUCGUCCUCUCACUCACAGCGCUCUGCUGGUGGCUACUCUGCCGGCGCUUCGACCACUCAAGCUGCUUCACGGCCCGGCCGCUCCGGCAGCGUGAAUGGUCCCGGCCCGAAGAACUCGCAGCUGGAGGAAGCGCUUGCCACCGUGCGCACCAUGAACGCGCACUGCGGUGAGCAAAUGCAAGGGUUUAUCCGCACGCUUGAGGCGCAAGUUCUCGGCAAAGUCGCACCAAACCGCGAGACGGCACUUGUUGCGCUUGCGGGACUGAAGCAGAUCAAGGACAUGCUUCGCGGCAAUCUGCCGUUCGAUGCAUCGCAAGCAGGCGGCGCCGUCGACGCGGACUCGUUGCACAACAGCAGCAACGAUCUGGCCGCACUGGACGACGAUGACGACCACGUCCUUCGCCCGGCCACCAUCAUCUCCCCGGCAGCGGCCGCGCUGGAUGCGCCCGACAACAUUUUCGGACCCGGUCCGGAUGUGAUUGCUGCGCCCGUCGAGCUCGUUGGAGGGGAUGCGCAAGACGACGAGGCAGCCACGAUUGAGGACGUCUCCAAGCCCUCCAUCACGGCGAAAGCCGCGGCGGCGCUCAUGUUUGGUGACGAUGAAGACGCAGACACGAGCGCAGCAGCUGCCCUCCUGAAGACCAACGGAGCCAACAAGGUCGCCUCGACACCAGUGGCAUCUGCAGCAGGCAGCACCAGCAAGAAUGCCAAGGACUCAAACCGCGGUGCUCAAGCCAAACCCUCGACUGCUGCCAGCGGUCCUGUCGUUGCUCCAAGCAAGUCGACCAUUGUCAACAACAUUUUCUCGGCAGGUCUGGAUGAUGAGAAUGAGGACAUUUUCAGCGUGGCCAAGCAGCGCAAGGAGGACGAUUCAAACCACUUUGUGAGCUCUAUCGGCAAGAACACUGCAGCAAAAGACGUGGAUGCCAUUCUCGGAGGCCCGUCCCCUGCCAAAGGCGGCUCUCGCCUUGACUUUUUGUAACGCCGUACACUUGCUUGAUGGCGCACAGCUGGGUGGAGUUUCUGUGGUGUGAUUUUUGUCGUGAUUUUUUUUUUUGUUUGUUUGUUUG